UAAGAACUAAAGACAUUACGUCAUUUCCGUGUGUUUCAUUAAAAACAUACUGACGUUCAACGAUGAGGAGCAAGUUACGUUUACCAAAUUAAUUUUGUACAGUUGUAAAAUAAAAUAAUAGAAUUCAUGUGAUAAUUAAAUGGUUUCAUAUUAAAUAUAAACGUUGAUUUAUUAAAUAAACCAAUGAUUUAGACAUCGCUUUGAACGUCGUUGUGAAUAAUACGGAAGUUAACUUCAUCAAUCGUCUUCAUUCUCCCACAGCUUUCAAUUACAAUGAUGGAAAGUUCAUCAAAAAGUGAUGCCACAACACCAACAUCAGUUGCUGCGCAGGUUCCCUUCAUCAACCUCUGCACCGUUCUGGAGAAAAUCCAGAAGGCCAAACUUCGACCGGAUAAAGCCACAAUCCUGAAGGACUUCAUUGAUUCCUGGAGGAAUUUCCACGCAGCGCUUCACAAGAACAACACGAGCACCACUGACUCAUUUUACCCGGCCUUACGUCUCAUCGUGCCUCAGUUUGAGCGAGAGCGAAUGGCUUACGGUAUAAAAGAGAACAUGCUGGCCAAACUUUAUAUUGACGUUUUGGGUCUACCUAAAAAUGGGUCUGAAGCAAACAAACUUCUACAUUACAGAGCCCCGACUACAUCCCAAGGGGAAUCAGGAGACUUUGCCCUCAUGGCCUACUUUGUCCUCAAAAGCAGGUGCACAAGUAAAGGCAACCUUAGCAUUAAAGAAAUCAAUGACUUUUUAGAUUCAGUAGCUAUCAACAAUGCCAGCAAACAGAAGGAUCAGGUGAAAAAAAGCCUUUUACAGGUGAUAACCCAAAGCUCGGCAUUGGAACAGAAGUGGCUUAUUCGAAUGAUCCUAAAGGAUAUGAAACUCGGCAUUAGCAAGGAAACAAUCCUGAAGGUUUUUCAUCCAGAUGCACCGGAAUUUUACAAUGUCACCACAAAUCUGGAUAAAGUGUGCAGGGAACUUCAUGAUACGUCUGUGUCGCUCAGCGAGGUGUCCAUUAAUAUGUUUUCCGCUUUUAAACCUAUGCUGGCCGCCGUUGCAAAUGUCGGACAAAUAGAAAAGCAAAUGGGCAACCGGCCGUUCUACAUCGAGACCAAGCUUGAUGGUGAACGCAUUCAGUUGCACAAAGCUGGGGAUGUAUACAAAUACUUUACGAGGAACUCUUACGAGUACACGCAACAGUUUGGAGCCUCUCCCCUGGAGGGUUCGCUCACACCUUACAUUCACAACGUCUUCAAACCUCAUGUCGUGAACUGCAUACUGGACGGAGAGAUGAUGGCCUAUAACCCUACGGCUGAGACCUUCAUGCAGAAAGGCAGCAAGUUUGACAUUAAAAGGUUGGUGGAUGACUCGGACUUGCAAACCUGCUUUUGUGUGUUUGAUGUCCUUUUGUUAAAUGACCAGAAAUUGGGAAAUGAACCGCUGAAGAAGCGUUACGAAAUUCUUCACACCAUCUUCACCCCCAUCAAAGGUCGAAUCCAGCUGGUGUCUAAAUCCGAAGGUAGAACCACACAAGAAGUGGUGAACGCUCUCAAUGAAGCCAUUGACAGUCGGGAAGAGGGGAUUAUGAUUAAGGAUCCCAUGUCCAUCUACAAACCGGAUAAACGUGGUAAAGAAUGGCUGAAAAUUAAACCUGAAUAUGUAGAUGGUCUGAUGGAUGAACUCGAUCUGUUGAUAGUUGGUGGCUACUGGGGUAAAGGCAGAAGAAGCGGAAUGCUCUCGCAUUUUCUCUGCGCCGUAGCCGAGGAGCCGAGUCCUGGGGAGAAGCCGACGGUGUUUCACACUAUCUGUCGCAUCGGAUCGGGCUACACUUUAAAAGAGCUUUAUGAUCUCGGGCUAAAGUUGGCCAAACACUGGAAAAUAUACAACAAAAACAGUCCUCCGGCAUCCAUCUUGUGCGGAACGGAAAAACCGGAGGUCUACAUAGAACCGCGGAAUUCCGUGAUCAUACAAGUCAAAGCGGCAGAGAUCGUUUCUAGCGAUAUGUACAAAACCAACUGCACUUUACGUUUUCCCAGAAUAGAACGAAUCCGAGAAGAUAAAGAAUGGCACCAGUGCAUGACAUUGCCUGAACUGAGUCAAUACCGUUCCAAAGCUUCUGGAAAGCUGGCGUCCAGACAUCUCAACUACCAAGAGGAUCAGCCUGAAAAGAAAAAGCGCAAAAUAGUGGUCAAACCCAAGAAAACCAUCGGUGUCAUUGACCACUUCAAAUCUCAGGAUUUAUCAGCGGUCACCAAAGAGACGGAUAUGUUCGAAGGGGUGGAGUUUUGCGUGAUCAACGGAAACGAUGAACGUUCCAAGGCGGAGCUUGAGAAGGACGUGGCCCGCUGCGGAGGCAUCGUCGUGCAGAACCCUGGAAAGGAUACGUACUGUGUGAUCGCUGCUGUGCAAAACAUGAGAGUGAAGAACCUCGUCUCCUCAAACCAACACGAUGUGGUGUGGGCCACUUGGCUUGUUGAGUGUUUGGAGAAAAAGCAGGUUGUGCCGUGGCAACCGCGUCACAUGAUCCACAUGUCACCUCCCACAAGGGAACACUUUGCCAAGGAAUACGAUAAGUAUGGAGACAGUUAUUACGUCGACACAAAUGAACAGCAGGUCAGGGAUGUGUUUGGAAGGAUUGGACCCGUAGAUGAAUCUCCAUCUGUGGCACAGAUAGAAGAAAAGUUUGCCUGGGAUGACUUGCUUACUAGCAUUUUUAGGCCUUAUUGCGCAUACUUUGAUCGGUGUGCCGACUUAGGAGAUGCAAAAACCCUCAUCCGGGGUACACGUCUGGACACGCGAGCUUUAGAAUUUCGAUUCCAUGGUGGUACAGUUGUGGAGGAACUGAAAGAAGGAAUUUCACAUGUCAUAAUAGAUGGAGAGGGAAGGAUUCUGGACUUGAGGACGCUGAGACGUCUUUAUACUAAGAAGUUCAAAAUCGUUCGGGAAUCGUGGGUGACCGAUUCCAUCGAAGCAGGCCAUGUAGUGAAUGACAUUGACUACCUCGUAUAACAAUGAUGUCUACUUCAUAAAAUGUAAAAACACUUUUAAACUACAGGUUUUAAACAAUUUUAAAAUAAUAAUAAAGAGCCUAUUAUCAUCAGAAUUUCAAUGACGAAAAGCUUUGUUUUCACUUUGGGUGUAAUUCUGCCUACAUGUUGAUGUGUUCUAAACAAAUUGUCAUGCAAAAUAAAAUAUACAUUUUUAUUGUAUCCUGAUCAGGAAAGUUAAAGUUUAAUUAUUAAAUAAAGUAAGUUAAAGAUUUUGGAAAA